UCUUCCUUCUCCGCAUUGAUCAUCCUCUGUGUCUUUCUCCAGGCGAGGAUUCAACCACGAUGCCUUUCGUCAAGCUCGUUAAGAACAAGGCGUACUACAAGCGGUACCAGACCAAGUACAGGCGUAGGCGCGAGGGCAAGACUGACUACUAUGCCCGGAAGCGUUUGGUGACCCAAGCCAAGAACAAGUACAACUCGCCCAAGUACCGAUUGGUUGUCCGUAUCACCAACAAGGAUAUUAUCACACAAAUUGUGUACGCCAAGCUCCAGGGUGAUGUUGUUCUUGCCGCCGCUUACGCCCACGAGCUGCCACGGUAUGGUAUCAAGCACGGUCUGACGAACUGGGCUGCCGCUUACGCCACUGGUCUCCUUCUUGCCCGACGUGUCCUUGCGAAGCUCGGACUUGACAGCAAAUACGAAGGUCAGACUGAGCCUGAUGGAGAAAAGUACGAGGUAGAACCCUUGGACGACGGUCCUCGUCCUUUCACCGCCUACCUCGACACUGGUCUCCGCCGCACUACCACAGGUCACCGUAUCUUCGGUGCGUUGAAGGGUGCCGCUGAUGGAGGUCUUCGUGUUCCCCACAGUGAGAGCCGUUUCCCUGGAUGGGAUGGCAAGGAGAUCGAUGCAGAGCUUCUCCGUGGGUACAUCUUUGGUCGCCACGUUGCGGACUAUAUGGAAUACCUGCAGGAAGAAGAUGAGGAGGCGUACAAACGUCAAUUUGCCUCUUACAUUGAGGACGAAGUUGAACCCGAUGAUCUCGAGGACUUGUACACCGAGGCACACAAAGCCAUCCGCGAGAACCCCUUGGCAGAGAAGAAGGAGCGCACACCUCUCACUGAGGAGCAGAAGAACAAGCUCAAGCGGUUCAAGAAGCAGCGUCUAGGCCUUAAGCAGCGCAAAGACCGUGUUAAGCAGAAGAAAGAGGCUUUCUUGCGCAAGUUGGGUGAGGAGGCUGACGAAUAGAGGCGUAUGUCGGCGGAUUUGUAAAAUAACAUGCAAUAUUACGGGGUUUUCCCAGCCAAUUGAACCAUCUUGAAUACCA